AUGCAACCUGAGAAAGUUGCUUCUAGUGUCCAUGAAUCUACUCCAGAUCAAUUUGUUGAUCAUAAUGGUGUAGGCUCUUUCAAGUUCAAUGUUCAAGCCCCUGCCUUUGUGCCAAGAAAAUCACAUGCCACUAAAAUCCCUAUUUCAGGAAGAUAUUUAUACCCAUGCAAUUUCCAAAAUGUUAAUACUGGGGCCCCUAAUAAUAAUAAAAUAUAUGGGGGUGAUCAAGACACUACCUCCUUUCUUCAAGAACCAACUUUUGUUUCAUCACUAUCUCAAAAGGAUAUCCUUCCUGAAGACCUUAGGCUAAAAGUCAUCAAACAGGUUGAAUACCAACUUUGUGACAUGAGCUUGCUCGCGAAUGAGAACUUGUUGAAACAAAUGAACAAGGACCCUGAAGCUUUUGUUCCCAUUUCUUCUGUUUCUGCUACAAAGAAAAUCAAGUCCCUCAUCACCAACAACCAAUUAACGCUUUCUCAUGCCCUCCUCUCCUCUACUAAACUGAUUGUAAGCGAUGAUGGCAAGAGGGUCAAACGAAAAAUCCCAUUCACUGACAAGGAUAAAGAGGAAUUGAUGUUACGCACUGUCGUGGCUGAGAAUUUACCCGAUGAUCACUCCCAUCACAAUAUUGAGAAAAUAUUUAAUGUGGCUGGAAGUGUCAAGACUAUCCGAGUAUGCCAUCCUCAAGAUCCUAACACGCGAACUAGAGGAGACUUGGGCAUCAGCUGUAAGCUUCAUGCACUGAUAGAGUUCGAGCAUCCAGAAGCCGCUGAGAAAGCAGCGGAGAAGCUAAAUGAUGAGAGAAACUGGAGAAAGGGCCUUAGAGUGAGGCUGUUGCUCAGACGUUCACCAAAGUCAGUUCUAAAGAGCAGGAAGUCAGCAUUUGAUGGCUGUUUAGAUGAUGAAGAUUGGUUGAGUUCUGAAUUGGUAGAUGACUCGUAUCAUGUUUCUAAUCAAUCAGAAGUAGUGGAUACUAAUGUUGAAGAGACUUUAGCUGAGGUUGAAGAGACUUUAGCUGCUGCAACAACAAAGAAAACAUGGGGUAAAGGGCGUGGGAAAAGUACACGACAAAGAAACCAAAUGUACAGCGGACGUGGCCUGCUUUCCUCAUCACCACAAAACAGCAAUACAUAUGAAGCACCAGUGAAACAGGCUACCAAGGGACCUAGAAUGCCAGAUGGAACCAGAGGUUUCACUAUGGGAAGAGGGAAGCCCCUCAUGAUGAAGAAUAUUAAUAUUCAAACUGGAGUACAUGUUGUAUAAAUGGAAGAUGAUCAAUUUUGCCCCGGUUUAUUACUCAGUAUUCACUUGGUAGUCCAUGGAUGCGAAUUAUUUUUGUUGCUAAAGAUAUUCAUGUCAAUUUUUUCUAGAACUAAAAUCCAAAAGUACAGAAUAGGUAAUUACCUAAGGCUAUGGCUUCCUUGAGACUGCCAAUUUUGUUUUGUACAUUUCUCUUUUUGUGAAAAUUAUCAUAUC